AUGCGUAAAAGAGAAAACAUAUCACAGUUACAGAGAAAAAGAAAAGCUGUUGAUCCGAAAACUUAUCAAAAGCAAAUACGGCAGAUUGGACUUCUGCUGAAAUGUUCUGGCCUUCUAAACAACCGCGAUUUAUCCGUUGAUAGGUCAUCGAUUUUGGAUGUAAUGACUAGUCCUUUGGAAAAGAGAUUUCAGUAUCAUUUCUUUCUGGAGCAGAAAACUAAUGAUCUUUCGAAGCCGGAAUGGUUUUUCACACAAAUUUUGAACUGGAUCAAUGCAAAUAUUGAUUUUAUCAGUGCGCUUUGGCGGCAGAUUUCCAGGCAUAAGGAUGAGCAAACAGAAAUGCUGAAUUUGUAUGUUGAAAAAUUGCUAUGGCUAACUAGAAAGAAGGUUCGGAGCACAGCGAGUAAAGUGAUAAACAACGUUGAGCUAUUCUCUCAUCUCAUCGAUGAAUGUGUUGCUUUUGAGAAUGAAUUACAA